GCAUCAUAGCACUGUUAUUAGCCCCCCUAAUCAUCUCGCUGCUAUGAUUACACCUCGCUGAAUCUGUCCGCACACUCACGCCAUCAUUACGGAACAUUAAACCAAAACAUUAAACCGUUUUGCUAAUUUUUUUCCGGUAAUCGCUGUUGUUAUUUAAGCACGUUUCCAGGUUAGCUAACUCAGCACAGCUCACGUUAGCCUCACACAGCCGUCAUGGCUGAUUUUGGGUUCAACGAGCACCAUCAAAAUGAAAUGAUAAACUACAUGAGGUUUGCACGGUCCAAGAGGGUCCUCAGACUCAAGACCAUCGACUCCUGCUUUGAAGAGCUCAAAGACAGCAGGCUGGUGGAGGAGACGUUCACCGUGGACGAGGUGAGGGACAUGCUGGACGGUCUGCAGGUGGUUGUCAGAGGAGAGGUGGAGACAGAGCUCAUAAACACAGCUCACACCAACGUGCUCCUGCUGAGACAGCUCUUCACCCAGGCAGAGAAGUUCUACCUGCGCCUCACCUCCGACAUCUCCGAGCUCGAACACAGGGAGCUGUUGGAACAAGUGGCUGAGUUUGAAAAGACGGACUUCAAAACCCCAGACAAGCCCAACCAAGAGUCAAGUAAACCCAAGUUAGCGCCGCUCAAUGAAGGAGGGGUAUCUGAACUGCUGAAUAAGGAGAUUGCCAGACUACAAGAAGAAAAUGACAAAAUGAAAGCCAGAUUGCGGACCUUAGAAACACAGGCCAUGAGUGCUCUGGAUGAAAAGACAAAAGCUGAAAGGGCCCUCAAAGACCUUCAGAAAGUGCAUGGGGAACAGAAGCUGCUGGCGCGCUCUCAGGAGAUCAGCUGUCUGGAGGACACUGUGUCCGCUCUGAAGGAGGACUAUGAGAAGUCCUUAAGUGCCAACGCCGCCUCCCAGAAGGACCUCCAGGAGAACCUCAUCUCAGCCAAACACGAACUGCUCAGAGUCCAGGAGCAGCUCAGCCUGGCAGAGAAGGAGUUGGACAAGAAGUUCCAGCAGACAGCAGCCUAUCGCAACAUGAAGGAGAUCCUGACCAAGAAGAACGAGCAGAUCAAGGAACUCAGAAAAAGUUUACAAAGAUAUGAACCAGAUGAAUGAGGUGUCCUACGGCCGCUGGGUCUGAGUCAACAAGUGUCGGACACAGCACACAUUCUGAUGCUACACGUGGACAAAGAGAAGAACUCCUCUGAAACAGCUGCCAUUCCAUGUUCUAUUUGGUCUCUAUACUAAAACUUGACCACUAUUAAACAGCAGCAUGGUGACGUCUGAACUGAAUUCUACUCAAUUAUAUGACAAUGACAUCAGAUGUCCUUUUUCUGUCCUCUGGUGUGGUACAGUAAAGACUGGGAUAGAACUGAAUGUAAUGGUAUCAUGAAUGUAAAGUUUGAGCAUUUCCUACACACUACUAGACAAUCACCUGGUACAAUGUCCAUUACUCAUUUUUAAAACUAACUUUUUGGAGUCUCUAUAUUAUGAAUUACAUGAGGAAUCAUCCAUUUUUAAAUUACACUUUAUUUUUGUAAGUCAAACUGUAGCUCAAUAAAAACACAAUAAAAAGGAGGCUAAUUUGAAUAGGUAGAAUAGCUGGCAUUUCUAUAUCAAAAGAUUCAAACCUUAACAUUGACUUUUUUUGCAAUAUUUUCAUGUGAGUGCAUUCUUAACAGCAGCAGAGGGGGCAAGGACUCCAACUAUUGACACGCCAAGCUAAAAAUGCUUCUGGCAAAGUGAGUUAGCGGUGGAGAAUGGACAGUUUGAGAGCUAAAGUAAUUGGUAAAUGUUUAUGGGGCAGUAGCCAUCUUUUCGUGUAAUUCAGUCAAAUCUGCCUUGACCAGUACACAUAUAUUGUAAAAGCAGCUCUGUGGUUCAAAAUAAGACCUGUGCGCUCUCUUUAUUCAAUUUGAAAUGUUUUCAUCAUCUAUAAACAAGAAGGAAGGCUGGUGCACAGUUAGCAUGCUGGUUGUUGUUAGUGUUAUUGUUAGCAAACUCCGCUCUGGCCUCUGAAAGUUGUAAAAAAAAAAUGCUUCUCGUCGUUGUGGUGAAUAACUGGACGCUAGGAAUGUGUUUGGAAGUUAAGGAAUAACUUUAAACCGGAGCUAACAUUUUAAACAAACUAAAUCUUGUUCAGCACCUUUAAAAACAGUUUAUGAAGGACUGGAAGACACCCCCCUCCAUCUUAACAGGGGGGAAAAUAUGUUCUUAAAAAUACUCUAGGUUAGCUUCCUUUGCAGGUUUUUUCUGUUUCAGUUCUCAGUUUCGGUGUGGUGGUUAGCUCUCGCGUUUGGCAAUUUAACUAAGAAAGUACCCUCAGACACGCUAUGGACAUGUGACAAACUUAAUGACCUUUAAAAACAAAUAAAUAUACUUUCUUUUGGCUUAA